UACUACACGUGUGAUCCAGUGCGACUAGCAAUGAACCUGGUUAACUAUAGUGACAGCUAUUGACGGCCAGUGACGGCUAAUAGCUGAUUGUGUGUAAAGUCAAGUGUUCCCAUUACUUAUGGGAAUCAUUUUUCAGAACUUCUAUGAUCUUUUUUUAACGCAAACUUAAUUGAGAAUAUAGGAAGAGAUGGCAUCUCUUCCCACAAUUAAUUUAGUUGAUGCAGUCAUUGAUGAAAUUUCUUUGGAGGGUCUCGACGGUAUAACCGUAGAAGCAUUAUGGAAACGCUUAUCAUUAAGGCUCCACAAUCCAUUACCUUUUUCUCAGUCAUUUAUAGAGCAGCUUUGGGGUAUUUGCCUGCAAAUAAGAGAACUGAGGUUUUACAAGCUAGAAUCACCUAGAGAGAAGCUAGUCAUAUUUGAUCGUUAUGAAUAUGUCGAUCCAGAUCUUGGAAUGAUAUUGGAGCCGGCAAAUGUACCAAAUGAUAUUUAUCCUCAUUGUCCAAUAGAGGAUUCGCAAAAUGGUAUCAAGGGUUCUUGUGCUACAUAUUAUACUCGCAAAGAUAUUAGUAGUAUUAUCAAAACUUUAAGUUUACAAGAUAUCAUACAAAAUUAUGAACAAACUCUAGUUAUAGUUGCAUCACAAAAGUUACGCGAAUGUGCAUUAAUGGGCUAUAAUGUUUGUCCUACCUUGGAAUUAACAGUUAUGCAAUACUGUUUUUUGGAACGAGUGGGAAGGGCAAGGUAUCAUGGCGAAGUCACACAAGGGAAGUUAAGCCUUAAUUCACUGAAGGAAGAUCCCAAGUCAUUGUUCUAUCACAGAAAAUAUUUACUGCGGCACAAGCUAAUAACGAAGCAGUUGCACCAUCAAAAAAGUGGUGGUCACUGCUACAGUGGAAGCUUACUUCAUUUACCAAGAUUCUUUGUUGAACGAAAACCAAAGAUACUCUAUUUAGCUGAUCAAGUUAUUGAAAAAUUGAAGUCAAAAGAUAACUAUGUUGCAGAGUAUGACGAAAUAAGGAAAACAUUGCAACUUGAGAAUCCCAUUAAGAAAUUGUUCAAAACAGCUUUUUUCCAGAAGGUCGUUCGAACAGAUCUGAGGGUUCCUUAUAGAACAUUAUAUCCAGAUGCGGAAGACAAAGAAUGGCAAAGAAGAAAUAACCCCACGAAGGAAAAAACAAUACGCGUAAUCCAGCUGUUAGACCCAAACGUUGAUAUUUCGGAAUUGUGGGGUAAGGAUGAAGUACAUGAAGAGGAAGAUCUUGUUGAUCUGGAUAUUUCGAAUCAACGGCUGAACAUUCCAUUACUCAGGCAAGCAAACAAUAUUCUGGAAGAGAGCGGUCGCGACGGUUUAUGCCAAGGAAAGCUUGCGAAAAAACUGGGCCUGACAAAAUUGCAAUCUCGAAUGGUUUUACGUAAUUUGGUGAGAUCAAAAAUAGUAGCAACAUAUAUGAAUGAUAUGGGCAGACAAAGGUUAGCCAAAUAUGUAUCGAAGAAAUUCGAAGAGAGUAGUAAAAUGAGUAAACAAUUUCGUGAAGAAGUUAAUAAAAUUAAAGAGUUGAGUAAAACAGUGAAUUUCGAAAAUGAGAAGAGUGCACCUGCAAUUGAAAAAUACGAAGAACCUGAAAGAACACAGGAGGAAAAUGUCACUGUAAUUAAAACCUAUGACGAUAGCGAAGAAGCUGGCAAAACCAAUAUAGAAUCUGAUCCAGUAUCAGUGAAUGAAGCUUCUCUGAGCAAUGUUGAAAGUUUCGGUAAUAGAGACAAAAAUCUUUUCCGGUGUGCAAAUGGAAUUAUACGGAAGUACAAGGUAGCAAAGUAUUGUUUUGUCUACAAACAUACAUUUUUGAAUGUAUCACAGAAGAAGUUGACAAAAUCGUCACGAGGGAAAUUUGUGAUUUCCUACGAUAUCCAAAGAAAGGAAGAUAAAAGUAUAUUUGACAAGAAGAACACGAUAUCAAAAUUACGACAUGCUGACCGUGUUAGGGCAAUGUCUCUGUUCAACAGCAUUAAAACAAAACUAGUUGAACAACUCCCAAUAGAUCAAGGAGGAAAAUCCUCAAAUAAUAUUGUUGGAUUUAUAGAGGAAUUGCAUAAGAACGAGAGUAAAAAUAUAUCAAACAUCACGUACAGGCUGCUCAAACGAGCCAACAUGAUUAUCCAAUCUGUUAAGGAAGACAAAGUCAUCAAAGACAUGACAAAGUUGAUGAAGAUGAUAAACGAGGAAGAAGAUAGAGAGGGGUACGACGUGAAAAUUGAUAAAAAAUCUUUAAUCAGGCUCCUGCAAAAGUUAGCUAAAGAUAAUCUAGUUAAAAACAUCAAAUUGACAUUGAGCGCAAAUGGAAAGGAGAAAUCACUUACGUUUAUUUGUGAUCCAAGUAUCAAUACAAAUCACACCGUCAUUCAAUCUGCCGUGGAACAAGCAAAAAUAAAGUUUUGUUUGGUGGGAUCCCAGAAUAUCAAACCAAUUACACAAAAUCAGUUAGAUCGUAUUGAAAUGGAACAGAAAGAUUCGAAGGAAGUUGACAAGGAUUCGAAAGAAGUAAUUCCUGAAAAGAGCAAACCAGUUACUACCAACUUGAAGUACGACUAUACAAUGGGCAAAAAAUACGGUUACAGUCCAAAAUUCGUGCGCAUGCAAACCCUUCAUGCUUUGAUAUACUACGUGAUAUAUGAUCAUCCAGGGGAACAGUCAGCAACGAAAGAAGAACAAUUGGCGUAUUUGCGCCGUAAUGGUUUUCUCAUUGAUGAUGCUUUAGGAAAAGAAAUGAGUACAAUUUACAAUAUGGAAGUGAAUUGGAAAAUGUUUAUACCACCAGUGCCACAACAUAACGGCUGGCCAUUAGGAUGGACCCUUAUGUGUGAUAUUCUAUUACGUAUACCACUGUCAUGUUUUCUUAAAGUUCAUAACGUGCCGUUUGUGAUACCCGAUCUUGAGUAUUACGUAAAUCAUCCAAUCAGGAAACAUUUCCUAGUAAAGGACUUGCCGACGAAUAUUAGAAAUACUUUACUUAUGGCACGAAAGUAUAUAUUCACUAUUCACGAAAGUAUAACAAGGCUGUGCUAUAUCGGAUUGAUACAAUUUGGCCCUCAAAAAUUGAAGGAGAAAGAUCAGGUCUUUCUUUAUCUAAAUCGGCAUGCUGAACUGCUGGAUACUACGUCCUCUGCUGCAGGCUAUCAUAAAAUUGAGGAGAAAGAGUACCCCGUGAUGAAGUAUACAUUCGAUUCGAUGCAAGCAUUAGAAAAGUAUUGGUACGACAUGUGGAAUACAUGUAUAAAUACAUUCUUGGGCGGUAGACUCGUGGUGCAAGGUAAGGACAUAUUGCUGGAGGAUUUGGGAAAGAAAACCGAGAUGAUUCAAGCAAUUCGAGCCCGGAUGCCCCACGAGGCCUGUGAAUUGGACGUUGGUUUUGUUCCUGGUGAUCGCAGAGGUGCGGCAGGUCUGGACUCAGCAUUCUUUGCUCACCUCAAAAGAAACUGGAACUGGGGAAAUUCCUACUACAUCCAACGACAAUACUCGAAAAAGAUUACUAAGAUCAAAGCAGAACGUCAACGAAGCGCUUAUAUGUCAAAGAUCAAAGCGAAGCCUGUGAAGUUUACAGAAUUCGCUGACCUACGAAAAGUCACUGGACCAGCAACGGUCAACGCAACUGAAUUGAAGAAACGAAUACAGAAACGAGAAGCAGACGCUGCCCAGCAUAGAGCUAAACAAAAGGAGUAUCAAACUCUCGUCUCCUGUCACAGCACGAAGCAGAAGUCCUUUGUCAGAAGAGUAAUGCCACGAAAACGCAAAGUGAGACCAAGAGUAAAAUACGACGAAAUCGAUUUCUGUGCUCUGCAACGAAUGGAUAAAUUGCGUGUCGACUGGGAGCCACACGAAGAUAACAUUUUACUUGUCUGUAAAGUCGUAAUGAUGUACUUGUGCCCAAAUCCUAGAAAGCAGAUGAUUACAUUCAUUUCCGUGAGAGACGUUUUGCGCUCCUACUCGCCUACUUCGUGUAAUAAGACUUCGCGAGCAUGCCAGAGAAGAUUGUUGUACAUGCUGAGACGCCCUCAGACAAUGAACAGCGUGAUGCUGGGUGUAGAGGAGAUUAAGCAGAAUUUUUACAUCAACAAACGCUUCGACGGUAUUGUUGAGAAGAUGAAAAAGGAUUGUCAAAACCCUUAUGAAUAUGAGGAACAAGUUGCUGAAGUGUUCAAAGAUCUUGUGGCUUAUGUAGCGAAGAAGUAUUAUGAUAUAUCUGAUAUGGUACCCAGAGAGCAUAUUGUUCUACCUAAAACUAUUCAAGAAUUCAAUCUGCUUUACAAAGUGAAACAUCCUUCAAAGCCAUUGGGCUCACGGGGCUUUACUAAGGAUGUUAGCAGUAUCAAUGAUAUUCAUUCUGCUACUAUCAAUUCUGUGAUACACAGUUCAAUGUGCUGUGGGAAAGAUAGAACAUCCUGGGCGUAUCAACUUUUUAAAGUGUAUCAGCAAUAUCCAGAAUUUCUUCUCAGGAUCGCUAUGAACAAGAUCAGAUCGGAUCAAAUGGUAUCUGUGAAGAAGAGCUAUAUGUGUGCAAUAAAGAAGUAUGGAAAUUGCAUGCCUAUGAGCAGUUCCCAGUACCAAUUGAGCACUGGUUACAUAUAUAAAUUUCAAACUAAAUGGCCCUACGAGGCUUUUGCCGAGUCGUAUGACUUCCUCUACAAGUUGACUCAAUGGUAUGGAGAGAAUCAGUUAGAAUCCUUAAACUAUGCUGUCCCUGAUGGCGUGGACGGUAUAGAGGCUGCACCUGUGACCGGUGGAAUAGUCGUUGCUAUUCAUGACUACAUUGCUAAGGGUCAGUUGGAAUUCGAUAUAGAAGUACCUGAUCAAAUAAUCAUGCUAGAUCCCAGGUUACAAGAGAAGGAUGAAACGUAUCUCAGAAUCGAAAGGAGGUACCUGGAUAUCUUAAGGAGCCUGGAGCAAUUGAAUGCUAAGAAAAAACGUAACGUAGACAUUGAUUUGAUAGACCCGGAAGUCGAGGAAGAAGAUGAAAUCGAGAGACGUGAAUUUGAGGAUAAAGUUAUUGGGGAGAAGCGGGAAAAAGAGGACCGUGACAGGCAUCAAUAUUGGAAAACGAGGAACGAUGAAGUUGCUAGGCAAUUAGAGGAGGCAGAGAUCAAAGAGGUGCGCGAUACAGAGGAUACGGAUAGACGAAUUAAAAGAGAAAAAUUUGAUGAUGAGAUGAUGGAGAGGAAGAAGAAGUACCGGAAGGUUCUGGAAAUGGGAACGGACAACUUACAAGAAGUUGAUGUCUCUGUUUUUGGAAGUUUCAAAGAUUUUAGGGUCGGAUCUUCACUUGAUCAGACUGAUGCUGAACGGGAAUGUGUGGAAGCUGAUGAGGAUUGUGAUGAUGAUGAUGAUGAUGAUGACUUUCCUGAUGAUAUCGGUGACGCUGAUGACGAGGAUGAAAAUCAUACAAUACGGUUUCAGGAUGGUACUACAAUCACCUUAAGCAAGGAAGACAUUGAUCGGUGCGAUGUGGAUGACGCUUCUGUUCUGUUGAAAACACAAGAAAAUAAAUCAAAACCUUCCCUUAAAAGAUCUAAUGGGAAUAAUAAAGAUACUGUUCCAAAAAAGAAACUCAGAAUGAUGUCCGAUGUUGAAGCGACCGAUGACGAAUUCAUAAACGCUCAAAACAAAAAUAGUUCAGCUGCUUCUCACAGUGAAAUACUUAUGCAAAAAAUUACUGAAAAAUCUUCGGAAAACACAACACAGGUACAAAAUAUUAAUAAAAAAAGAAGUAGGGAUUCGUUAACCGACAGUGAGAUUAAUCAAGAGCUGAUUGUGAAGAAGGCAAGAACAAGUAGUCCUUCAGAAAUUAAUGAUUACGCAAUUGAAAUCCCGGACAACAAAGAAAUCUCCGGUGAUAUCGUUCCUAGUAAUGCAGAAACCAUCACACUGAGCAAUCCUGAUGAUAACUCUGUUGUGAACACAGAGACGAAUACAUCAACAAUAAAAUCACGAGAUGCCACUACUGCUGUUAAAGUCUCAGAUACUUUUUCAAAUCCAAACAAUAGUUCUGCUCGCGUUAAUGACAUCAUUAAGAAUAUCUACAAUGAGAUGGAAUGUGAGAGUUCUUCUGGAAAAGUGUUAGAUCUGAAUGAUGUACAAAAGCGAGGAACACGAAUAGCACUAUUAAUGAUGCGAGAAGAAUUGAAUGACUUUGCUCUGUCUGACAGUCAUCACGCUCACGAGUAUUUCGUCGUGAAUACUUUCAAGAUAUUCUAUUCCUUGCAUCUACCUGAAUCCAAGAGUCCCAGAGAGCUAACAGAUUUUCAUCAGCACAACGUACCUAGAGAAAUACUGCCUUUGAAUACAAACCUGGCUAAGAAGCUCAUAGAUGACAUUAAGAAAUACGCAAUUUUUCCAAAGGACAUCUCUUAUGCGGAAUUUAAACAAAGUAUCCUUGAACUCCCUCAUAUCUCGUUGAACGACGUUGAUAACGUGUACAAAUUUGUGAGAAGUAUGAAGGAGUUAGGGUGCACUACGAAAGAACUUCUGACGAAAUUUAGCUGCAUGGAUGAAGAAAUUUUAUGUGAAAUUGUAUCACUCUUGACAACCCAUUAUCUCUUCCUACGAUCCGGUGUGACAACUCUUCGUUACAUUCAUUGGUCUUAUACUGAACCUUGGCUGAUAGAAUCUUACAAAAUUCUGCGCCUGGAUAAGGACUCUCAACCGUUAAUACCAAAAGGAAGUAUGUAUUUUGCCGACGAGGAGAAACAAGAAAAUUUCGUUAUCAAAGAUGAGUGUUCAACGAGCACCCUACAGGAUGGACCAUCUACAACCGCAGAUAUAGUCAACGAUCAAAAAUUUGUGAGACGUGAUUUAGUUAAUGACAAUUUAGAGAAAGAUGUGGAAAGUGCCGAAACGGAACAGAGCAAUCUGCAACGUGAUGAAGGGGUUGCCAUUGUGGAGGAUGCGACUGUUGGUACGAAAAAAAAGGUUCAAUUGGACACCAAUGUUUGUAUCACAGAGGAGGAGCACAUUUCACAUUCUAGUAAAAGAAUGCAAAGAAAUAGAAUAUCUUUGCUUCAACAAAAAGAUAUACAUAAAGCUGCUAAGCGAUUAGACUUCAAUUCAGCAGAGGAAAUAAAAGUAGUGAUAAGACCUUGGAUAAGAAUAGAUGGUGUGCUAAACCGUAGAGUAUUAGAUCGCAUGAUGGGUUCCGUUCUUGCCUACUGUAUGAUGCAUCCUGGAGCAUUUCUAACUAAAAUUCAAUCAAGAUUUAUGCCGGCAUUGCAGCCAUUUCAUACGAGGGAAUUGGUUGAGAUGCUGGUGAAGAUCGAAUGCCUGAAGGUAAGCGUUUUCAAGAAACCACGUGUAACACUCUUUUCUAAAUCGGCACCGGUAAUAGUAGAUACGCCAAAAGGCUUGGAGACUGAAGAAAAACUUAUUGUCGAGCCUGUAAUUGACGCUUCGCUGAGGUUUGGCAUGUUCCGGAGCACCAAAACUUACAAUGUAGACUUUCUCUCCUAAACUACAUUUACAAAUAACAAUAAAUAAGCCUAAAUACUUUCUUAUCACCAAUUAUUUAAUUUUCGCAAUAAACGCCACGAAGUCGCGUGGCAGUUUACAAAUACAAUGAAGUAUAACAAUGAGAUCCAUGAUCUCGUCUUUUCAUCUUCAAAUGUAAAAUAUCUAUUAAUCAAGUGUAAAUAUAUAAUAAAUAUUACAUAUGUAUUCUA